UUUUAUAAUUUCUAACCUCUAAAUACACACAGAAAGCUUAAUAAAAACGCGUGGAAGUUUCCUUUUAACGAACAUGGCAAGACAUUCCAGUGAAUCAGACUCGGAUCAUAGUAGAUAUCGAAGAAAACGGAAUCGAAAAUCGAGAUCUAGCAGUUCUGACAGUAGUGAAUCUUCGCCUCAUCGAAGAAGGUCGUCGAGGCAUUCGAAGACAAAACGUAGGCAUCGUUCACAUUCGAGAAGUAGAGGAAGAGAUCGGAAUUCAAAGGGUCAUAAAGGUUCCAGAAGCAGUCAUUCUAGAGAUCGAGAUAAGAGGCGUUAUCAUACCAAUACAGGUAGAUCCCACUCUUCGGAUCGCACAAGAAGAAAAGCCAGAUCCACUUCCAGAGACAAGUCGCGAAGUCCUUCCAGCAGUUCGCAAUCGAAUCAAUCAAAAUUUAAUGCUGAAAAGAAUCAAGUUGCAGCAGUAAAAGAUGAUUUUCCUAUUGAACCGCGUUUUAAAGAUGGUGUGCUUGAAGAAAUAAAUGCUGAAGGUUUUACUCCCAAACAGUUCACCUCAUCUGCUGUCAAAGAAAAUAAAUUUAAGAACAUUGUUAUAGACAUUAGUUCUGAUACUAUACAGAUUCCAUCAGUACCUAAUAUUCCUAGUGGCCUAGAAAGUAUAUUUCACACAUCGAUUAUGAUGGAUCAAGAAGCGAGAUUUGAUAAAUGGGUGAAAAAACUCUAUACCCUUAGACAAAAAGCUAUAGCAGAUUUAGUACAUACAAAUGUUACAUUAUAAUUGAAAUACCU